UCAACGAUCGUGCUGAGCCACCACGUGUUGCGGGUGCGUGCCUUUUAAGUGAAGCUUCAAAUCGGUUUCUUCGUGCGUUUGUUUGCGUGCGUGUGUGUCUCCGUAUUCUGACUGCUCCUGGACCGAAGCCAGCCGGAAAUCAUCGCUUAACCCCUUGGUCUGGUUCGUUUCAGAGAGUGUCUGUGAUUCAAAAGGAAGUGAAGGCCGCAUCGCACAGAAUAUCCUUCGAUCGGUUGAUCGGUUGACUGCUGAGUUAAGGCGUUCUCGUUUCUCUCAUUCUUCGUUGUGCCGUGCCGCGUUCCUAAUGUUCACGUUGUAACCGACCGACCAACCGUUCCAGAAGAGGCUCGAGACCCUAGACCAAGAACGCGGUCCCUUUUCGAGCACCGUCCCUCAGCUUGCGCCUCGCGAAGGACAGUACCCCGAAGCCGAAAGGAAGGCCAUCGGUCGGACGGGCGGCGUUGUGAUGUGGUUACGGCGGCGAUGCGUGCUGUAAAUUUCGUGUCUCGCCAGUGAACUUGUAAGCUAAAAAUAGUGCCACGUUGGCGAUCGGUCAACAGGUGAUCGCCUGGCACAGCGUGUACCGUAGAAGCGUCUGUUCCGGUGGGCGUCGAUGCGCCGAUGUUGGGCAAGAAAGUUGAAAAGAUCUUGCCUUCUUCGCUGCGGUGAUCUUCUGUGUGUGUGAUCUCUGUGCCUUGGACCUCAGACAUCGGUGACAGCCGCGGCCUGCCUGAGAAGAAAGAAGAACACCGCUCAAUAUCGUCUAGCGUGUGGUUCGGUUGGCCAAAAACCUCCUCGAUCUGCUCGUCUGAAUGCCCGCGUACGCUGAGAUGCUAGUGUCGCAGAGUCCCUCGGUUUACAGCCAUCCACUGUCCGCGGCGGACUACAAGCCGGGAAACCCUGGGCCGCUGCCGCUCGGUGAUCGGAGUGGAAACAUGGGCGAUGGUGGCGUUGCAGGGGCCCCAUACUACGGAGGAUCAGCGACACCGAGGAUGCACAACUACUGCCGACCGGCUUCACUUCAGCUACCGACCUAUCCACCGACGGGCGGCCACGCACCACUCCAGCGACAGCUCACGCCACCCUGCCUCAGCCCCACCGGAAGUGGGAAGGGCCCAUCCUCGCCGCUCCGCUCCUGUCUUGUGAUGCGUCCGGAAGACCUGACAACUACCGAGGCUCCCACGUUGAUCGGUGAUAGUACGACGAUGCCGACGAUGUUGACAACCGCCCGGACGGCGUUGACACCGGCCGACACUCGUAUCCUCGGUGCCGUUGCCGAGACUACCGAUGCCACGGCGGCCGAAGUCGCGGCCCGUAACAAAAAGAAGGUCGUGUUUGCCGAUGACCAAGGCGGCCAGCUGACGCAGGUGCGCGUGAUGCGCGAACCGUCCUACAUGCCACCGAUCUGGAGCCUCCAGUUCCUGGCGCAUGUCACCCAGGGCAUGAUCAGCCCGGUGCCGCAGGAGCAGUGGAUCGUGGACUUUGUGCAGCCGGCCAGCGACUAUGUGCGCUUCCGGCAGAAGCUGGACGAGCGGAACAUUUCGCUCGAGAACGUCAUCAUCAAGGAGACGGAGCAGCUGAUCGUCGGCACGGUGAAGGUGAAGAACCUAUCCUACCACAAGGAGGUGAUCCUCCGUUCGUCGUGCGACAACUGGAAGACGCACGAGGACGCCUUCUGCACCUACAGUCUGGUCGGCAACGGAGCUGCUUCGGCGUAUCUGAUAUUCGACACGUUUUCCUUCAAGGUAACUCUUCCACCUAAGUCCAGACGGAUUGAGUUCUGCGCUUGCUUCAAGUGCGAUGGCGUCGAGUACUGGGACAACAAUGAUGGUCGCAACUACUCCCUGACGAACCGCAUCGCCCCACGGCAGGACUCGGGUGACUUUCUGCCAUCGUCGGGCGCCGGUGCAUUCGGUGCCGGUCGCAAUGGUGGCACGGCGACCGCAGCCUCCGGCUUCUCGUCGCCCUACAUGGCUCCCGGUGCGGUGCUCGACACCUGGAGCGACAUGAACGCCGAGACACAAUCGGGGCCCUACUGCAAGGCGUAUGGCUGCGGAGCGGCAGCAGAUCGUACGGGUUCGGAUGUGAUGGCACCCAAACAGCAACAACCGUACUGUGAAGCAACCACACCACCAGCGAUGCGACCGAUCGAGAUGGAACUGUCCGCCGGCGGCGUCGGCGGUGGCGGCCGUGUCGUCACCAGUAGCAGUGUCCCCCCCAUCAGCAGUCCUUGGCUCGGUGAGCGGCGUACUAGCGCUGGGGAAGAAUUUGCACUGCUUGCAAACAACAACCAGUCCGGCCGACCCGACAGAACACCGCGAACCGGCAUGACGGCCCCACUCGGGCGCAGUGCCAGCAGCGGCAAACUGUUCUUCAUCCGCGAACGCAACGAGGGCGAGGAUCUGCUUGCCAACCUGCUGCGGCUGCGCAAGCUGAUGUGUAGCCAAAACACGUGAGCCCUCCCUUCCGUUGCCCGUGAAAGUGCAACUUCAUCUUUGCUUGUUUUAGCUUUCGAGCCCGACACGUGGCCCCGAUGGCUCGUGCGUGCCGAUUCGCACGCACGAGCUCACUAACACGUGGCCGUGCUUAUUAACAAUGCUUUUUUUUAAGAAGACGGUUUGCAUGACCAAAAAGAUGGGCAAUCUGCCAUUCGAAACAAACAGGAAAUCGUUUUAACCACUCCUUCUAACGAAUACUCAAAAUUACUCAGACGAGAUUGAUUUUAUGUACGCACGUGUUGUCGCAACUACGUCGCAACCAGACACAUAGAUUUAGGACCAAGUGGAACUGAAGACCGUAUCCUUUUCACAACUGACCGACAGUGUUGUGUCGCCCGGGGAGGGAAGGGAGAUGAUCGAGUGACGGCGGGAAACUGACUACAGGUAUUGGCGAUCCUUGCCCUAGGGAGCGUGUGCUAGGAAAGGUGUGCUUUAAGAAGAACGUGAUAAGGCGAACUAUGGCGCAAGGAUCAGCGUGGGUGCGCGCGCGCAGGUUGGUGUGGUAGCGAAGCAACGGGUGUCGAAGCACGAAAAGUCGAUACAAUACAUACUAUUAAUUUAAUAAUCAUAUUUACAUACGGCAACUAAAAGACUGAUUGUGUCCACAAAGUAAAUUAUAUCUGAAAACACACACAGAGCCACAUGAAGAAAAGUCCGUGACGGGGGAAAAUCAAAUCCGCAAAGGGAACGAAAUGCUGGCGAUCGCAUUGUUUUAAGAGCAUGUAUCAUGUGCAGCAAGCAAUAUAGCAGGGUCUUUUAAGCAGUGUCGCGUUCGAUUGAUGUUGGCAAUUACAACAAGAACAAAACAAAAUGAACAAAACGGAUGCAAAUCAAAUGUGAGAUUAGUUUCGAUUUCGACGGCUAUUAUGUUGUGUGUUGUACCUGUCCUAAAGCAGUCGAAAAAGUGAGUGAGAAUUAUAGACGCGGACACACUAGUAAAGGUGGGAACUAAAUAAAACUUCAAUCCGUCGUGCACGAAACCGAAAUGUACUAAAACGGAUCCGCUCCCCGGUGGGGAGGUAGCUGUGUUAAUUUAUAUACGAUCAAACAACAAUGUGCACAAACAGAAGGGUGGCACAAUCCCGUGUGUCUCGUCGUCGUCGUCGCUGUCUCGUUGAGCAACGAAUAUGAAUUUAGUAGAUUAAAAAAUGCAAACAAACGGAACAGGAGCUUGUGCCACAGCUUGCCACAGGCGAACAAAAUGCCAGUCUUUCGAUCGGAGAUAGAUCGGCCAUCAACUAACUGUUGCUAUGUUUAAAAGAGUGAUUUCUGAGUCAAGCGAGCUUAAUGCGCUGGCACGCGUUUCCUAUCACAAUACACUGUGGCCAUACGCGGGGGCAUGUUAUAGAGGUAGGAGAGGGCAGAGUUUGGAAAUUAUUGAAUCUAUAUACUCUACAGUCCAGUUGUUAGUCUAUUUGAUCCUUCUUCUCAGUGUCAAACUAAUUGUUGCUACUUUGCCUUAACUGUUGAAGUGCGUGCUCUGUUAAGAACGCAUAAAAUAACACCGUUAGAUCUGUACUGAUGAUGUAACAUGACGAUGUAGCAGUCAAUGCGUAUCGGAACGUUACCGUGAUUAUUACACGAGAAGGCUGUAAAUAUUUUGUAGCACGUGUUCCUGACAAUGAGGGAAAGUGUUGCCUGUUAUUAGAUAAGAGUAGAGUUUAUCUAAAUACUGUAAAUGUAUGCUAAAACGUAGUAUUUAGUCUCAAAUACAUAACUGAUAUUUGUAUCGUUCUGUGCUUGGCUUACGCCAAGCAGAGUCAAUAAAUUGAACUUUA